CCAAUUCACCACCUCACCACAAGAUGGCGACAGCACGUUUUGCAAUGGGCGUGAGACGAUGGAUAGACGCUUUUGACGGGAAGAGCUAUAACGGGACAAAAGCUUCAUAUAUACAUACUGGCAUUGGACAGACGACAGCAAGAAUAACACUGCUGUAUUUUGAAAGCCAAAAACAGUAUUGCUGCAACGCAUCUAUACAUUUGCAUUCUGCAUUAGUUCAUUCUGUCAAAUUGCAUCUGAGGAAGAAAACAUGUUCUACACAUGUGGUCCAAAUGAGGCUAUGGUGGUGUCAGGUCCAUUCUCUAACCCAGUGUUUCCCAACCCUGGUCCUCCAGUUCCCCUAGUGCACAUUUUACUUGUAGCCCUUGACAAACACACCUUGUUCAACUCAUUGAGGGCUUGAUGAUUAGUUGACAAGUUGAAUCAAGUGUGCUUGUCCAGGGUUACUCGAGGACCAGGGUUGUGAAACAGUGUAAACAUGUACAAUUAAAGAGCUGUAGGAUGGUAAUAAUACUCUCAUGUGUAUCUCACAAUCCCCCCCCUCUCUCUCUCUGUUUCCCAGGGUGCCUCCGUUCUCCUCCAGUAAUGAUUGCUGGAGGCAGAGUGUUUGUGCUUCCCUGUUUUCAGAAGAUCCAGAGGAUCUCCCUGAACAUUCUGACGCUGAGCGUGAAGAGUGAGAAAGUCUACACCCGACGUGGGGUUCCCAUCUCGGUCACUGGUAUUGCCCAGAUGAAGAUCCAGGGGCAGAACAAGGAGAUGCUGGCCGCAGCCUGUCAGAUGUUCAUGGGGAAGUCGGAGGGCGAGAUCGCCCAAAUCGCCCUGGAGACGCUGGAGGGCCACCAGAGGGCCAUCAUCGCCCACCUGACUGUGGAGGAGAUCUACAGGGACCGUAAGAAGUUCUCAGAGGAGGUGUUCAAGGUGGCCUCGUCCGACCUGUUCAACAUGGGCAUCAGCGUGGUCAGCUACACGCUCAAAGACGUUCACGACGACCAGGACUACCUCCACUCCCUGGGGAAGUCCAGGACCGCCCAGGUGCAGAAAGACGCCCGCAUCGGAGAGGCCCAGUUCAAGCGGGAUGCUGUGAUCAGGGAGGCCCAUGCCAAGCAGGAGAAGAUCUCAGCCCAGCACGUCAAUGAGAUCCAGAUGGCCAUGGCUCAGAGGGACUAUGAGCUGAAGAAAGCAUCCUACGACAUCGAGGUCAACACCAAGAAGGCAGAGUCUGAGAUGGCCUACCAGCUACAGGUGGCCAAGACCAAGCAGCUCAUCGAGGAGGAGAAGAUGCAGGUCCAGGUGGUGGAGCGCUCUCAGCAGAUCAUGCUCCAGCAGCAGGAGAUCACCCGCAAGGAGAAGGAGCUGGAGGCCAAGGUGAAGAAGCCUGCUGAGGCCACGAGAUACCAAAUCGAGAAGCUGGCCGAGGCCCAGCGUGCACAGCUCAUUAUGGAGGCUGAGGCUGAGGCAGAGUCCAUUAGGAUUAAGGGUGAUGCGGAGGCCUUUGCUGUGGAGGCGAAGGGGAGAGCCGAGGCGGAGCAGAUGGCCAAGAAGGCCGAAGCCUUCCAGCAGUACAAGGAGGGAGCCAUGGUGGACAUGCUGCUGGAGCAACUACCACUAAUGGCGGAAGAGAUCAGCAGGCCUCUGGCGCAGGCUCAGAAGAUCACCAUGAUUUCCAGCGGGGGUACCGAGGUGGGCGCGGCCAAGCUCACAGGAGAGGUGCUAGACAUCAUGACCCGCCUUCCGGCGACGGUGGAGAAACUGACGGGAGUCAACAUCUCACAGGUGACAACUCAUAUGGGCUGAGGACUCCGGUGCUCAGGCAAACCUAUUUCACAACCCUGCCUACUACCACAGCCUUUAACUCUCUCCUCAAGUAUGUUAUGCCAAAAAAACAUAUGUUGCCCUACGUAAUUAUUGGGACAGUGAAGCAUUUGAUCUUCUUUUGGCUCUAUUCUCCAAAUGUUUGGAUUUGAAAUCAAACAAUGACUGAGGUUAACGUGCAGACUGUCAGAUUUUCAUCCAUAUCGGGUGAACCGUUUAGAAAUUGCAUUUUGAAUUUUGGAGUCACUUUUAUUGUAGAUAAGAAUAUAAUAUGUUUCUAAACACUUCUACAUUGAUGUGGAUGCUACCAUGAUUAGGGACAAUCCUGAGAAAGUGAGAAAGUUACAGAUGCACAAAUAUCAUAUACCAAAGACAUGAUAACCUCUCACCAUAACAAUAACAGGGGAGGUUAGGGGGGUUUGGGGGGUUAUUAUAUUUGUGUGUCUGUUACUUUCUCACUCAUCAUUAUUCACGAUUCAUUCAGGAUUGUCCCUAAUCAUGGUAGCAUCCACAUGAAUGUAGAAGUGUUUAGAAACAUAUUCUAUUCUUAUUUACAAUAAAAGUGACUCCAAAAUGACACAAUACAUUAUUUACCAUUCAUUUCUAUUGGGAACAAAAUCAUCUGAAACCCAAAACAAACAACAAAUGUAUCCAACAGAUUCGUAGGGUCACAAGCUUGAUGUGGUCAUUGCUGCUAUGAAUAUGGAAACCAAUACUAACCGUUUUACUACUUUUGAAGUAUAGAGUCAAAAUAAGAAAAAAUUCUUCACUGUCCCAAUAGUUACGGAGGGCACUGUGCUGUGUCUAGUAUCUACCCUUCAAUCAAGCCCCUCUUCUUUCCAUGUGCCUUAAUACCCCUUUCUCUGCCUCGCUCACCUUUCACCUCUUUGCUUGUAUAUUUGUCGCAUGAUUAACUGGCUGUGUCCACUGCCAAGCUGCCAAACCCUAAGUGCAUCUUAACUGGUGAGUUCAAUGUAAACGCAGUCAAAUCCUCCACCCAGUAUUCAUUUUUCUCCGUGCUCAGUCUUACAUAUCAGAAGCAAAGGUGACCCGACCAAAUCUGUAUUUUUCUUUCAUUGUUUUUAAUGUUACUGGUGGUCGUUUUAUUCUGACGAAAUGUCAUUGGUUAAGAGAGAAAUGUCAUGGCUUUGUUCGUACUACAUUUGAGUAACAAGGAAUGUGCAAAAUAUGAACCAUUCAAAGUAUUCAUCGUGCUAAUCUAUACCUGCAAAGGCUCUUGGGAGAAGUAGUGUGAAAUAAGCCAGUCAAUUUAGCUGUUGUUUUUCUAUAUAUUAUUAUUUUCUAUGGAUUUCUAUCUGCGAAAUGUGUGCUUUCCCAUUUACGUGUGUCUACAUUCACUGUUACAACACGCUAUUUACGUGUUUUUGAUGUUUUCGUUGUACUGCCUGUGUCUCGCACCCUGAAGGAUGCGGUUUAAUCGCUAGUCUUUAGAAAGGUCAAGCGGAUUAUGUAGCAGCUCUCACAGAUGUGACUUGUAUUCAUUUUGUCCAGAGUGCUAGGCGACUGGUUUACUGCUCUGUUAUAGCUGUCAAACCGGUCAUUUGACGUUAUAAUCAUGGAACUAUUGCACUUCUGGCCAACACUACAUAAUGUGAUGUUAUUCUAUCGAUGUUCAUUGAGAUGUACUGUUAGCAUUGAAGCUACGCUGUUAUUAAGGUGGUCCUCGGAUCAACAGAAAUAGUAGCUGUGGAAAUUAAUGAUAAAGGGAGGAAUUUUCAGUUACAAAAAAAGUGAUUGACAUCAGAAGUAAAAAGAGGUGUCAUAUGUAAAAAGAAGCACUUCUGAAAUCAGGUUGCUGUCUCUAUUUGAGAACCUUUCGUAGCCUUAACUGAAGCUAGCUGUGUUGUAUUGUACUACUAAUAGACGUAACUACUAGUACAUAAUAGUAUGAUAUACAAGUAUUGAGUACAUGGAACAUAUGUGGUGACAUUGCAUUUCAUCAGAGGAAAGGCAAGCGGUCCUUCCUCAUGUAUACUGUAUGUAUGACUGGUUCAAUCAAAUGUCCCCUCUGGGGGUUGAAUAAAGUACUAUCUUACCGUUCAAUCAAUGCCUCAGAUCAGUAUGUUCAAGGGAAAUAAGUCAGAUAGCAUAGCUUGCUAGCCCUGUGUGUCUCAUGGCAUUACAGGGUCUAAUGAGACGACUGACUCGGUAUAGGAAGUGAGGUUGACAACUAACUUGCCUUAUCUCCACACUGUCACCCUCUGCCUCACCGUCGCCACAUAAACUCCCUCUUAUGAACAGAUUUUUUUUCUCCUUCAUUUUAUAUUUUUAUGCGAAACACGAGACAUUUGUUAUAUUUAAGUGUGUUUUUUUUUCAAUAUGAUUUGUCAGGAGCCUGAAUGCAUGUGUCCGAACAGGUACUAUUAUAGCUCAGCAACCAAACCAGGAACUGUACCAGAUGUUCCAGUAUGGGAAUAUUUUAGAUGUUGUAAUUAUUGUUGAAAUGCUACUACUGUACCCAUUUUAGUAAAGUAUUAUCCUAUUUUUUGUUCACUUUAGUUUGAAACAUUUUAUACUGUACACAAAGGUAAAUAAAAAAACUGAUUUCAAACAUA